GGAAGUUAACGAUUGGCGAGAUCUUGGCUGCGUUAUUGACACAACACUUUCUAUUGAUAGAAAUAAGUAGUGAUUGUCCCCGAGUCAUUGGUGCGCCAAGAACUCUGCGAUGGGCUGGCAGGAGUCCAUUGGGCUGGGCUGGCAGGUUCGGCUGGUGAUGCUGGGGAGGAGGAGGAGGAGGCUGCUGAUGGUGAUGGUGCCGGUCCUCCUCUCCGCAGGUCUGUGACAAGCAGGGAACAAGGCAACGACCGCUCAGCCCAGCCCUGGCUGACGGACGCUGGCGACUCAGACAUGGACAGUAGCCACAACGCGACCACCAAAAUGCUAGCAACUGCUCCAGCUCGUGGCAACGUGAUGGGCACAUCCAAACCCUUGGCUUUCUCCAUCGAACGAAUCAUGGCGCGCACUCCCGAGCCCAAGGCCCUGCCUGUCCCCCACUUCCUGCAGGGAGCCGUGCCCAAGGGGGACCCAAAGCACUCUCUGCAUCUCAACUCUUCGAUCCCCUGCAUGAUCCCCUUCGUGCCGGUAGCAUACGACACGAGCUCCAAGGCAAUGACUGGAUCGGAGCCGCGGAAGGCGAGUCUGGAAUCCCCAGCAGCUCCUGCUGUGGCGCCCUCGGCUUCCGCGUUCAGCUGCAGCGACCUGCUCAACUGCGCGCUGAGUCUCAAGGGUGACCUGGCCCGCGACGCGCUGCCACUGCAGCAGUACAAGCUGGUAAGACCGCGUGUGGUCAACCACUCUUCUUUCCACGCCAUGGGCGCCCUAUGCUACCUGAACCGAGGUGACGGCCCGUGCCACCCGGCUGCUGGCGUGAACAUCCACCCGGUGGCCUCCUACUUUCUCAGUUCCCCUUUGCACCCACAGCCAAAAACAUAUUUAGCUGAAAGGAAUAAACUGGUGGUUCCGGCGGUGGAAAAGUAUUCUCCUGGAGUAGCUUUCAAAGACCUGUCCCAGGCUCAGCUGCACCAUUACAUGAAAGAAAGCGCCCAGCUUUUGUCGGAAAAAAUCGCGUUCAAAACCUCGGACUUUAGCCGAGGAUCUCCUAAUGUCAAGCCCAAAGUUUUUACUUGCGAAGUAUGCGGAAAGGUCUUCAACGCGCAUUAUAACUUAACCCGUCACAUGCCAGUGCACACAGGAGCCAGACCCUUCGUUUGCAAAGUGUGUGGAAAGGGUUUCCGGCAAGCCAGCACUCUCUGCAGGCACAAGAUCAUUCACACGCAGGAAAAACCUCACAAAUGCAACCAGUGCGGCAAAGCGUUCAAUAGAAGUUCCACUUUAAACACGCAUACCAGAAUACAUGCAGGUUACAAACCGUUUGUGUGUGAAUUCUGUGGCAAAGGAUUUCAUCAAAAAGGGAAUUACAAAAACCACAAGUUGACCCACAGCGGGGAGAAGCAGUUCAAGUGCAAUAUCUGCAACAAGGCUUUCCACCAGGUUUACAACCUCACCUUCCACAUGCACACCCACAAUGAUAAGAAGCCUUUCACCUGCCCCACGUGCGGCAAGGGCUUCUGCAGGAACUUUGACCUCAAGAAGCAUGUCCGAAAGCUGCAUGACAGCAGCAUGGGGCUGACUCGCACGCCCGCUGGGGAGCCAGGCAGCGACCAGCCGCCCCAGCUACAGCAGCCGCCGCCUGCAACUCUGCCGCCUCUACAGCCUCCGCUGCCUCCUCCCGGGCCUCUGCAGCCCGGGCUCCACCAGGGCCACCAGUGAACGUGAUCGAGGCCAAGUUUCCUCCCAACCCCAGCUGGGGAGCUCCACCGCGGAGGCAGCAGCAGACGAGAGUUGAACGUUCGGGUUAAAGCUCUUCUGCAGAACCUAGGGCAUGUUGGGCCCCACGGUGUAGGGUGGACCAGAGCCUCUUCAUUCCUCUGCCUUUUGCCUCUUGCAUGCACCUGCUAAUUGUGUAUUAUAUUCUACAUAGGCACUAACAAUUAUGAGACAUUUGGAGGGUUUGUUUCAUGAUUUUUUGUAAGUUGUAAAGACUUCAUCUCGGUUGGAGAGAUGGUGUCUGUCUGUUUGAUUUUUUUUUUAAAGAAAUUUCUGCUGUAUUUAUUGAGAACUGUAUUAUCCUAUCUGGGAAUGAUGCACCAUAUUAAUUUUAUUAUUGUAUAUAUUUCCAUUAUGUCCAUUCUGCUGCCGCAAGAUGCCUGCUGAUUAUCAUUUCCUCCUCCCCUAAAGUAAUAAAACACUGUGUGUAUGUUAUAUAUACACACAUAGAUGUGUGUGCCUGGAAAGGCACGUUGCACAUUCAAGAGCACACACAUGCACAUAUACACACUCUCACAUUAGAUAAGAGUGGUUCAUUAUGAAUGGAUAUGAAUUUUGGUUUUGAUUCUUGCACGUGGAAGUUGAUUCGUUGAUUAUUGGAAAUAAAUACUUGGGAUAUGCUUAUUUAAUCA